CAUGUUUAUACUGGCACUCUUGGUCACCCUAUUGGGUAGUGGCUUCUUCCAAAACAGAAACUCUGUCAAAUUUGAGGCCUGGCCAGGUAAUCUGGCACCUCAUCAUAAUUAGGAUGCGUUCCCGAUUCUCUUGGGCGCAAAUCGUUCGCUAUCCCAUUCUGUUGGUAGGUGUGAUCUCGGGCAUGUACUAUAUCAACCACAACUUCUACCAACUCCAAGGCGACGAACUCCAACGCAAGAACGACAAAAUCGACGACAUCAACCAGGAAGGCAUCAGGUCGUUCAUCAAGAACUCCCGUUAAAUAUCUAUCCCUCCCCUUUUUCCCUUUCCCCUUAAUUUUUUUCGCUCCUCUCCUGGCCCUCCGAUCUGAUGCGGCUCCUGCUUCCAUUACGGCCUUGGGCCGCCUGGUCCGUCCGAGGUCCUGCCUACAACAGUAGCGCGCCUUCUGCCUCAGCUGGCCUAGGCCCACCCGCCCCUUUUCCCGCGAAAAGGCGUCCCGUUCAAAAGGCGUUCCAGAAAGCGGCUCAAAGCCUGGGCGAUCACCCCACGGAGAUCGAUUGGGACCUGGCCAUGGCCGUUAUUCGGGAGGCCGAGACCCGAUUCCCUAACCCCACGGCCACGCCUCAAGAAAAGGCCCGGCUCACCGAUCAGAGCUUCACUUUCAAUUUGGCCAAAUUGGCCGAUGACCAUCACGGAUUACGGGCUUUGAUCGAUUUGGGCGUGAAUGUUGCUCAAUGGGAGCGGAACGGGCAAACGGAUAUAGCCUUGAAAUUGGACUUUGUGCGCCAUGUGCAGCCCAAGGUCAAGUUUUACCUUCAGCAAGGCGUGUCUCGGCCAGAUAUUCCGGAUAUAUUCACGGCCAAUCCUUUGAUGAUGGAGGACGAUGUGAAUGAUUGGCAGAUUCGGGUCGACUACCUGAAAACCAUGCAGUUCACUCCCGCCAUGAUCCGGACCAUUCUUAGUGGUAACCCGUGGUGGUUCAACUACAAAGUCCAAGAGAUUGAUGGCCGAUUGGGCUUUCUGCAAAAAACUUAUAAUCUGAAUGGCCCACAAAUCCGAGCGAUGGUGGUUCAAUGUCCGCGAUUGGUCACUUGGGGCGGGAUUCCGGGUCAAAUUAUUUACAAUAAUCUGGCUCUGGUGGAGGAGAUGGGCUUUACCCAGGGCGAACUUCGAGCUAUGGUCAGGCGAUGCCCCAAAUUAGUUUACGUCAAAUAUCAGGACCAAUUGCGGGAUUCGUUCAAUGUGCUCCAUAAUGAGGUGGGAUACCCGCAUAAGUUGUUAGUACGGUUUCCGGAAACGAUGCUGGUGCCGCAUAUGAAGCUGAAAGAGCGCUUCGAAUUUCUCCGCUUGAUCAAACAGGACCAAUACAGUCCGGAAGAGCCCAACUUCGUGUCCCCGGUUGUUUUUGCCCAAUCCUCGGAUUUGGAACUUUGUCAGCGCUUCAAAGUCAAUAUUGACCAAUUUAAUCGAUUCCUCAAAACUCUUUGAGCUCCAAUUACAUAGUCAACCUUA